AUGCCAAAUCCUGCAGUCCCCACCUUUUUAUAUGGAGCAGCAGAUGAAGAGGGAAGGUCGCUCGAUGCCAUGAGAAGGGAGCUGGGAUAUUUCAAGCCCAAUUUCAGUGGAAAUCAGUGGGCAGGUGGGCCAAAAUCCAAAUUUUUGCCCCUAAAACCAGAUAAAGGUCCAGCUCAUGCAGUUCAAGCAAAAGGUGUUGUUGUAAUUGGAGCAACCCGAUGGGUUGAUAACUACAACAUCCCAAUCUUCUCUACUGAUUUUGCUACUGUUCGUCAAAUUGCUAAGAGGGUAAGUGGGAGAGGAGGCGGACUUCCAUCAGUGCAAUCCAUGGCACUUGCUCAUGGUGAAAGUGUCAUUGAGGUAGCUUGUAACUUGUUGGAUCCGAACAGAGUUGGUGGUGAACAAGUUCAGCUUGAAGUGGAGCGGCUUGCUGGGGAAGAAGGCUUGGUUGUGGGGAAGGGAUAUUACACAGAUCUUUCACAGGAAAAAAUAAUAGAAAGGUACUUAAAGUUGGGUUAUCAGGGUGGGUAG